AUGUUGAAGCAUGAGAUUGGCCUCAAGCCGUUGCUAGAAAUUUUUCCUUGGGAACACAGUCAUGGCUCUUGGUUCGUGCAAGGUUUGAGGGAUAACAAUGAUGAAACACUUGACAGAGAGAAACUGGAAUGGGAUUCAGACAACGAUGAUGCCACUACUGCUUCUGCCACUGAAGUUAGUGUUCAGAAAAAGUUCCAUAAAUACAUUUCAAGGAUACUUGGAUUUCAUCCUUACAAGGAGAUUAUCUUUUUGCACAUAUCGGAUACAAGAGUAGUGGCCUACCAUCUUAAGAACUCCAAGGUUGAGGAUUUGGGGUGCUUACCCGUAGAUGGUGAUGAUUGGAUACAAUCGUUCUGUGUAUACACACCUUGCUGGAUAGAGAGCUGCUUGAGAGCAAAUAGUGUAGAACCCAAUAGUGAGCUCUAG